AUGGCUGCCUCUAGAAGACUCGGUAUCUACGACUCAUCUCUUUUUAUAUGUGAUCUCCAAGAAAAGUUUCGCUCGGCCAUCUAUGAGUACGGACGUGUGAUCAGCACGACGCAGAAGCUACUCAAGGCUUGCCAGAUACUGGACAUUCCCAUUUUCGCAACAACCCAACUCCGCGCCAAAUUAGGAGAGACAUGCAGCGAACUCGGUCUUGACAGUCCAGAAGGGAUCAAGACUCAUGCUCACGUUGACAAGAGUGCCUUCUCGAUGUUUGUGCCAGAGAUUCGCGACGCUUUCCAAAAGCUUGGUGAUGAGAAAAGAGAGGUCAUCAUUGUUGGUAUUGAGAGCCAUAUUUGCGUCACGCAGACAACACUCGACCUGCUCAGGGAAGGACACAAGGUUUACAUUAUCGCCGACGCUGUCAGCAGCUGCAACAAGGAGGAAGUUCCCAUCGCACUGGCAAGAUUGAGAGCUGAAGGCGCUAUCGUCACCACUAGCGAGUCGUGGCUCUACGAGUGCAUGGGCGAUGCUUCGCUUCCAGAGUUCAAGCAGAUCGCAGGUCUGGUCAAGGAGUACAACUCCAAGACAAAGGAGGGUCUCCAGGCUUUGUGUAGAUUCUAG